CCUCCCGCUUGUAGUCUCGCGAGAAUUCUGUGUCCUUGUUUCGUCCAUAAUGGGUUACUGGGACCUCGAAGAGGGGAAAGACUGUGUUGGGAAAACAUGGAUUACCACCAAGCUGGGCACUGCCCUCGGGCUGGUUGGCUCAGCGUAUCAUAUUGUGUUAAUCCCGCCUGAAACCUCACUGGAAGCAUUGACAAGGGCAGCAAAUGGCACAGUCACAAUGGCAACUCUGGGGGCGAUAUUUGGAAUCACCACUUGCCUGAGUGCUCAUGUUAGGGACGCUCCUGAUGAUCCCACCAACUACUUCCUCGGUGGAUGUGCAUCAGGAGCCUUUCUUGGGGCUCGAACUCGCAGUGUAACGACAGGCACAACUGCUUGUGUGGGGCUGGGGAUCGUCGCCAUGCUCACUAAAGUUGGAAAGAAGGAGGGCUGGAGGUUAUAUGGUGAACCCAGACUAUAAAAACCUUAACUGUUGUGUUCAUAUUGUAUAUUGCUUAAUAAAUCUUUAUGAAUGAGGAAA